GCCUAAAUCAAAAUGGUGAACAUGUUGAGAAAAUGGGAAAAUCCCACCAAUAAAACCUCCGAAACCUGAAAUAUCAGUGGCAAGAAUACUUGAUCCUUCGUUCAUUAUAUAGGUUGCACAAGAAAUUCAAGUCCUCUUAACUGGUAACUGGUACAUUUGUGCAUCAGUAUGGCAGAUGCAAGUGCCCUUGAGCAGGACGGGAUGUCCUUUGCUCAAUCCGCAGUGUCCUUCGAUAAAUUGGGCGAAAUCAACACUGCAAUAUUCUAUUACACAGAAGCUGCUCAAGCAUUGCUGUCUGCUUCAAUGGCUGGAUCCCAAAUACCUGGGAUUGUGGAUAAGGCAAAUGAAUACAUUUUGAGGGCAGAGCAGCUAAAGAAAGCCAGACUAGAAAACCAACAAUUUCGACAACAAACUGUGGCAAAGACCCCAGAACAACACAACAAGGAAAGGGCCGAGUUCUUACUGAGACAAGCCUUUGAUGAGGAUGAGAAUGGGAAUGACAAAGAGGCUCUGGAACUAUACUCUCAGGCUGUCGAACUGUUACUUAGCGUUAAACAGGCAACUCAAGAUAAAACAUUGGAAGCGAAGGUUGUGAAGUUGGCGACCCAAGCUCUAGACAGAGCUGAAGACCUGAAAAAGAAGAAGACGGCAAAUCAAUCACAGCCCGCCCCUCCUCCGCCAAUUCAACCACCUGCAAAAGUAAAGGUGGCACCACGUCCACUGGGCUUCAAUCUUUUCGAUGACGAUGAAAAGCCAGCGCCGCGGAGGAGUCCAAUGCCCAGCCCGAGUGUUCAGCAUAAAGCGCCCCCCGGUGGUGGGGGCUCAUACACAAAAGAAGAAAUCAAGGUUCUCAGAACUACAUCAUUCAUCAACGGCCGAGAAUAUGUUCCUUUCAUGUCAGUGGAUAUGAAGGAAAAGUUUGGAUAUCCUGUGCCAUUUACGGACAAAAGUGGGUUGCUAGCACUUGCUCCGAAACAGAAAAACCAUUUUAAGGCUUUCGUUCGUCCAGAUGAAAUCUUCGAGGAGCCAAAAAUGAUAUAUGCCGUGUCAAGUUUUUCUAUAAAACAGACGUUAAUCUCCGACUGUUCAUUCGUGGCCUCCCUGGCCAUAUCGGCACAAUACGAGAGAAGAUUCAAACGCAAGUUGAUCACGAGUAUUAUCUACCCGCAGAACCGACAGGGUGACCCGGUGUACAAUCCGUGUGGAAAAUACAUGGUCAAACUGAACCUUAAUGGUGUAUUGAGAAAGGUGAUAAUUGACGACUACCUGCCUGUCGAUUCCCGUGGUGAACUCCUCUGCUCGUUCUCUAACAACAAGAAUGAACUCUGGGUCUCUCUGCUGGAGAAAGCUUACAUGAAAGUGAUGGGUGGUUACGAUUUCCCUGGAUCAAAUUCAAAUAUAGAUCUUCACGCCUUGACCGGGUGGAUCCCAGAAAGGGUGGCAAUACGAGUCGGGAAGGAUAGCUUCGAUCCGGACAAAGAGUUCAAGAAAGUCAUGGACCGAUUCCACAAAGGCCAUUGUUUGGUUACCUUGGCAACUGGAGAAUUAUCAGAAGUGGAUGCAGACAGAGCCGGCCUUGUUUCAACUCAUGCCUAUGCGUUACUAGACAUCAAAAUAGUCAAGGGUCAGCAGUUGAUGAUGUUGAAGAAUCCAUGGAGCCAUUUGCGAUGGAAAGGCAACUAUUCUGAGACAGACACCGUCCACUGGACACCUGACAUGCAGAAGGCUCUGAACUAUGACCCAGAGAGUGCCCAAAUGAUAGACAAUGGUGUAUUCUGGAUAGACUACAAGUCAGUUCUCCGAUAUUACGACGUGAUGUACAUCAACUGGAACCCAGAUCUCUUCCCGUACACCACAUGCAUUCACCAUACUUGGCCAGCCAAAAGUGGCCCGAAGAAAGAUCUAUACGAUAUCAGCGAUAAUCCCCAGUAUCGUCUCGAAGUCAAAGCUACAGGGGCGACGCCUAUCUGGAUCCUACUAACCCGGCAUAUCACGGACAAAGACGACUUCGCUGACAACAAGGAGUUCAUCACGGUAGUUGUUUACAAGACAGGAGGGAAACGUGUUUACUAUCCAUUCGACCCGCCCCCAUACAAAGAUGGGACACGAAUCAACAGUCCGCACUACUUAGUCAAAAUGGUGGAAGACGCCCCCGGUGUUUAUCACUACACCCUUGUAAUUUCGCAAUAUGAGAAGAACAAUACCAUUCACUACACGCUACGUGCCUACACCACUGCUGAGUUCUCCCUCACAAAAAUUGCCGACCCAUACAUCCAGAGUUAUCAGAAACAGGUUACUGGUGAAUGGAAAGGUGCUACUGCUGGAGGGUGUGCAAAUAACACGGCCACACAUAAAAAGAACCCCAUGUAUCAGAUACAGCUGGACAACAGUACUACUGACAACCAUAUACUAAUAGAAGUCAGGGGUCCCAAGGAGUACAGUGUGGGCUUUGAAGUCAUCACCGUGACUGAGAACAAUUCAACAGCUUCCGGUGCUUUCAAGAAAAAAUCGUCAGGGGAUUUCAGGAGAGGGUUCUGCGUGCUGGCGCUGGACAACAUCGCAGGGGGAGUCUACAACAUCAUUCCAUGUACAUUCUACCCAAACAAGGAAGGUCCAUUCAUUCUAACAGUCAGCUCAAGUGCAGAAAUGGUUCUUGCUAGGUUACAAUGAUUCGUGGAAAAAACAGUAUCGAAUUUUGUUCUCUCUUUGGUGUGGUUCUCACCGAAGAGACCUUGAAAUUCUCACUGUGGCUGCCCUCAGAAAUCCCAAAAGCUGCAAAGCGUUUGCUGAAUUUAUGUGGUAAGAUGGAUGGACAGACUUCAUCUCUGACUCGUGUUAAUUUCUAACGGCCAUGAGAUAUCCAACGAAUAUUCUGACAAAACUUUUUUAAGGCAGAGGUUUUAGUUCAUCUUCUUCACACUACUAAAAUAUUCUUGGAAAAGGGAUUUUCAGAUUUUGCUGACAAGGUUUAGGAAAACCUCAUGCCUACUUUUAGAGCUAAAUGAGCCGACUACAAGUCAACUUUGGCUGUGAUUAAUGUGAUAAUAAUAUUUCACUGAUGUCAAUACUGCCCUAUUGAGGCAAAGGGCAUACUGUAUUCCACUUGAUUCCAUUACAUCUCCAGUAUUCUCAGACUAAAGUCUUAUCCAAACACAUGUCAGAAUGAUAGGGAGAUUUGGAUGAAAGUGACCAAAAUGUCAGUUAAUGCCUUUCGCCUAAAGGGGGCAGAAUACUUAAGAUCAUGUCCAAAUUCUAUGUAUUUAUUAUCUUUUGUAAUAAAAUUACAUAAAGUUACAUAAAAUUGUAUAUUUCUUAGUUAUUUGUUUAACAAAAAAUAAUUUGCAAGUGUGAUCAAAGCGACCUUUAUCCAACAUUUAUAUGUAUGAUAUC